AUGGCUCUGGGACCAGGAGAUCUAGAAGAUGCUCUGCUGCCACUUCUGACUACUCUAAAAGGAAAUGCACAGAAGAGAGUUCUGAGGGCUUAUUCUGUAGGUAGUUGCACUGCAAAAACAAAGACUAUACUUCUUCUAUUGGUUCAAAUCCACCAGCAACUUUCUGCACUAUCCACAGAAGGAUAUCCAUAUGUUGUCCUGGUUCCUGUUGGAAACCUCCACAAGUCUGGAGUCUUUGAUGUCUUGAAGAUGAAGGAGAAAGAUGUUCUCAAAUUCCUUGAAGCAGGACAACACUUCGGUCACACCAACCUUGACUUCCAAAUAGAAGAGUACAUCUACAAAAGGAAAAGUGAUGGCAUCUGCAUCAUAAACCUGAAGAAGACCUGGGAGAAACUUCUAUUGGCAGCUCAGGCCAUGGUUGCAGUUGAAAAUCCAGUUGAUUUUCAUGUCAGAUCCUCCAGAAAUACUGGCCAGAGGCCUGUACUGAAGCUUGCUGCUGCUGCUGCUGCUGCUGCUGCUGCUGCUGCUACUGGAGCCUCUCUUAAUGCAGGGUGUUUCAUUCCUGACACCUUCAUUAACCAGACUGAAGCAGCUUUUCAGAAGCUUCAUCUUCUGGUGUUUACUGAUGCCAGAACUUACCAUCAGUCUCUUACAGAAGCCUCUUACAUUAACUUGCCCAGCAUUGCCCUGUGUAACACAGAUUCACUUCUGCACUAUGUGGAUAUCACUAUCCCAUACAACAACAAAAGAACUCACUCUGUGGGUCUGCUGUGGUGGAUGCUGACCCAGAACGUCCUGCACAUGCGUGACAGAAUCUCCCUGAAGCACCCCUGGCAGGUCAUGCCUGAUCUAUACCUUCAGAGAAACAGAAAAGGAAAGGCAAGCUGCUACUGCAAAGGCUGUGAGCAUAGAGGAGAUCAGGGAGAAUGGAUAGUCCCUGCUCCUGAAUUUACUGCUGCUCAACCUGUGGUUGCAGAUGGAUCCGAAGGCCUACUGAAGGCUGGAGUGCUCAGCAUGCAACUGAAGAAUAAUUCUAAAGGCAUUGACAACCUUAGAAAAACUAAACUUCAAUUAUAUCAGUUUUUCAGAAAAUAG